UUUGCCACUGUACCCAUACAAUGCCAUUACCUUACACCACCUGUCCGCUCUUCAAAAUCCCCAAAUUGAGUGCUGAGAAAUCCAAUUCGAACCCGUUAGGGUUCCACCAUUACCAAAACUAUGGAAGGUAAAUCGUACCAGAGGUUUCCCAAGGUCAAAAUCCGAGAAAUGAAGGACGAUUUUCUCAAGUUCGAGCUCCGAGACACCGACGCCAGCAUGGCCAACGCACUCCGGCGCGUGAUGAUCGCCGAGGUGCCCACCAUCGCUAUCGACCUGGUGGAGAUCGAGGUCAACUCUUCUGUUCUCAACGACGAGUUCAUCGCCCACCGUCUUGGCCUCAUCCCACUCACCAGUGACCGUGCCAUGUCCAUGCGCUUCUCUCGUGAUUGCGAUGCCUGUGAUGGAGAUGGCCAGUGUGAGUUCUGUUCCGUCGAGUUUACUCUUCGCGCCAGGUGCGUUGAAGAUCGAACCCUAGAUGUCACCAGUAAGGACCUCCUCACCCCUGACCACACCGUUGUCCCAGUUGACUUCUCUGACCCCGCUGGUGACGAAUCCACCGAGCAUAGGGGGGUUAUCAUUGUGAAGUUACGCCGUGGACAAGAACUGAGGCUGAGAGCCAUAGCCAGAAAGGGAAUUGGCAAAGAUCAUGCAAAGUGGUCACCUGCGGCUACUGUUAGUUUUAUGUAUGAACCAGACAUUCGAAUCAAUGAAGAGUUGAUGGAAACUUUAACGCUGGAGGAGAAAAAAAGUUGGGUUGAAAGUAGCCCUACCAGAGUGUUUGAGCUUGAUCCCGAAACCCAUCAGGUGUAUGUGUUUGAUGCUGAGGCAUACACUUACGAUGAUGAAGUGAUAAAAAAAGCUGAAGCUAUGGGGAAGCCUGGGCUUGUUGACAUCACUGCCAAAGAAGAUAGCUUUAUUUUUACUGUUGAGACAACUGGUGCAGUUAAAGCUUCUCAGCUGGUGAUCCAUGCCAUUGAAAUCCUGAAACAAAAGCUUGAUGCAGUACGUCUCUCAGAGGAUACAGUAGAAGCUGAUGAUCAAUUUGGUGAAUUGGGUGCACACAUGCGAGGAGGAUGAUGUGAUCCGGGUGGUUCCAAGUUUUGUAGGUUUCUGGAAAUUCAGCUGACACCCUUUUGCGUUGUGGAACUUUGUUCAUAUAUAUGCUUCAUCAACUGCAAUGUACUUAUUUGGCCGAACUCUUGGUAUCUAUCAUUUUCUGCGGGACAUAAAUUCUCUCAAUGAGGUUUGCUAUCUUUCACUUUGAUGUAAAAACAUAUGGGCAAUGAAUGAUGAAUCCACAUAUUUUAUGCA